UAUCCCUCGCUCCAAACACAACGCGCUUGACACUUUCCUUUCCUGUUUCUCUCUUGUUCGAACUCCUCCAAAACCCUAGGCUCUGAUUUUGCUUCUUCUUCUAUUUGAUCUUCGAUUACACACGCAAUCCGCUCACCCAUCCAUCAAUGGCAGGGGAAGAAGCAGUAUCGCAGUCGGUCUCUUCCUCGGCCGCGCCGUUAGGCUCGUCAGUGAUUCCCAUAGUCAACAAACUGCAGGACAUAUUCGCUCAGCUCGGGAGCCAGUCAACGAUCGAGCUUCCUCAGGUGGCUGUUGUUGGUAGCCAGAGUAGCGGCAAGUCUAGCGUCCUUGAGGCUCUUGUCGGCCGCGACUUCCUUCCCCGUGGCUCCGACAUCUGCACCCGCCGCCCACUCGUUCUUCAACUCCUGCAGACCAAGAGGAAGCCCGAUGGCUCCGACGAGGAGUAUGGAGAGUUUCUUCACCUUCCAGGCAAGCGCUUUUACGAUUUCUCCGAGAUUCGCAGGGAGAUUCAGGCUGAGACAAAUAGGGAAGCAGGAGAAAACAAAGGUGUAUCAGACAAGCAGAUCCGGUUGAAAAUAUAUUCACCAAAUGUACUUGAUAUCACUCUUGUGGAUCUGCCUGGCAUAACAAAGGUUCCUGUGGGUGACCAGCCCUCUGAUAUUGAAGCACGCAUUAGAACAAUGAUAAUGUCUUACAUUAAACAACCCAGUUGUCUAAUUCUGGCUGUUACACCAGCAAAUUCAGAUCUAGCAAACUCAGAUGCUUUACAAAUUGCAGGAAAUGCCGAUCCUGAUGGUUAUAGAACGAUAGGCAUAAUCACAAAGUUGGAUAUUAUGGACAGAGGUACUGAUGCCCGGAACUUAUUGCUUGGGAAAGUAAUUCCUCUCCGACUUGGUUAUGUGGGUGUGGUGAAUCGUAGUCAGGAGGACAUUAUGCUAAACCGGAGCAUCAAAGAUGCUCUUAUUGCUGAAGAGAAGUUCUUCCGGAGUCGUCCAGUAUAUAAUGGUCUUGCUGAUCGGUGUGGUGUCCCUCAAUUGGCAAAGAAGUUGAACCAGAUUCUGGUGCAACAUAUCAAGGCAAUACUUCCUGGCCUGAAAUCAAGAAUAAGCAAUGCGUUAGUUUCUGUAGCAAAGGAGCAUGCAAGUUAUGGAGAAAUUACAGAAUCAAAGGCUGGUCAGGGAGCUCUGCUUUUGAAUAUUCUUUCAAAAUACUCCGAAGCAUUUUCUUCGAGGGUAGAGGGAAAGAAUGAUGAAAUGGCAACAUCUGAGCUCUCAGGAGGAGCACGGAUUCAUUAUAUUUUUCAGUUAAUCUUUGUGAAAAGUUUGGAGGUGUGUUUCAUUGAUUCAGAUAAAAUUUCACUUUAUUUUGUUUAAUGAUCAAUAUAUAGGUGCAUUGGAAGUGCUUUCAACCUGUUAUAGUUGUUCCAAUCAUUGUGUUUGAUUUUUUGCACCAAUUUUCAUGGGCUGGUGGCGCUAGUCUUAUUGCUUUGGCUACUAUUAGCAUACUUAGUGUUUCUGCUAUACCAGGUGAUGCUCCAAUUGGUUG